AUGACCAGCAUCUGCUCUCUCCUCUGCAUCAAGUACAGGAGGUUUUUCCAGACAGCUCACUUCUAUGUGGAGGACAGUAGUUCUCCCAGGGUGGUGGCCAAUGAGAACAUCCCUGUCAUCCCCAUCCCAGAUGACAUGGAUGCCGUCCCUGUCAAGCAGUUCAUCAAACACAUCAUGGAACUCUACUCCAACAACUUGCACGGGUUCGCUGAGGAGUUUGAGGAGGUUCAGCGCUGUACGGUGGACCUUAAGAUCACUGCAGAACAUUCCAAUCAUCCUGACAACAAGCACAAAAACAGAUACAUCAACAUCGUGGCCUACGAUCACAGUAGGGUGAAGUUACGACCACUGGCUGGCAAGGAUGCUAAACACAGUGACUACAUGAACGCUAACUAUGUAGAUGGUUACAACCAUCCCAAGGCCUACAUCGCCGCCCAGGGCCCUCUCAAGUCCACAUUCGAGGACUUCUGGAGGAUGGUGUGGGAACAGAACACUGGUAUCAUCGUCAUGAUCACCAACCUGGUAGAGAAAGGAAGGAGAAAAUGUGACCAAUACUGGCCCACAGAGAGCACUGAGGAGUAUGGCAACAUUGUGGUGACUCUGAAGAGUACUAAAGUUCACGCCUGUUACACACUGAGACAAUUCCUCAUACGGAACACCAAAGUCAAAAAGGGUCAGAAGGGCAACCCGAAGGGGCGUCAGAACGAGCGGAUGGUGAUCCAGUAUCACUACACCCAGUGGCCUGACAUGGGCGUUCCGGAAUACACCCUACCUGUCCUCACCUUUAUAGGGCGCUCCUCUGCAGCACGCGCACCUGGCAUGGGCCCUGUCCUAGUGCACUGCAGUGCUGGAGUCGGGAGGACGGGUACGUACAUCGUCAUCGACAGCAUGCUGCAGCAGAUCAAAGACAAAAGCACAGUCAACGUCUGGGGCUUUCUCAAACACAUCCGCACACAACGCAACUACCUGGUCCAGACAGAGGAGCAGUAUGUGUUCAUCCAUGAUGCCCUUAUGGAGGCCAUCCUGGGCAGUGAGACAGAGGUACCCGCCUGGCAGCUCCAUGGUUACGUCAACAGCAUCCUCACCCCCGGCCUGGGGGGCCGCACACGCCUCGACAAGCAGUUCAGGCUGCUGACCCAGAGUAACGGCAGCUUCGUGGAGUGUUUCAGCGCCCAGAAAGACUGCAACAAGGAGAAGAACCGCAACUCCUCAGUAGUUCCAUCGGAACGAGCUCGCGUAGGACUGGCCCCUCUCCUUGGAAUGAAAGACACAGACUAUAUCAAUGCCUCCUACAUAAUGGGUUACUACAGGAGUAAUGAGUUCAUCAUUACCCAGCAUCCUUUACCCCACACCACCACAGACUUCUGGAGAAUGAUCUGGGACCACAAUGCCCAAAUCAUUGUCAUGCUUGCAGACAACCAUGGUUUGGCUGAGGAUGAGUUUGUGUACUGGCCGAGCAGAGAGGAGGCAAUGAACUGCCUAGCUUUCACCGUCACCCUGAUCAGCAAGGACAGACUGUGUCUCUCCAACGAAGAACAGAUCAUCAUCCACGACUUCAUCUUGGAGGCCACGCAGGAUGACUAUGUCCUGGAGGUGAGACAUUUCCAGUGCCCUAAAUGGCCCAACCCCGAUGCCCCUCUCAGCGGCACCUUUGAGCUCAUCAACGUCAUCAAAGAGGAGGCUAUGACCCGAGACGGACCCACCAUUAUACACGAUGAGUUUGGGGCAGUGUCUGCAGGAACUCUGUGUGCCCUCACCACCUUGUCUCAGCAGUUGGAGAGUGAAGGGGCUGUGGAUGUCUAUCAGGUGGCUAAGAUGAUCAACCUCAUGAGGCCGGGAGUCUUCACAGACAUAGAGCAGUACCAGUACCUGUACAAGGCCAUGCUGAGCCUGGUGAGCAGCAGAGACAGUGGGAUGAGCCCCAUCUACAUGGACACUAAUGGAGUGGUGGUCAUCAUGGACGAAUCAGAUCCUGCUGAGAGCAUGGAGUCGCUGGUCUGACUGGUCUCUGAUAUGACUGGUCUGACUGGUUACUGGUCUGACUAACCACACCAUCAUCCGAAGGCACUUAAUUUGUACAACUCUGAGGAACAAAGAGAACUUUGGCGGACUUUCCUUGAGGCCUUUUUAGCCAGAAAUAUUGGUUAAAUGAAUAACCUGAUUACCUUUUUUACACUGAUAUAAACUUUUUUGAUAUUUAUUUUUUUCUUCAUAAUUGUUUGUCUUAAUUGUUAUCCUGCUGAGAGUUGUUAACUGUUACAUUGUUUCACGUGAGGAAAAGGAAAGCGUCUCUGACCAGUUUACACUACACUGUCGAUGUUACUGCCUAAAACCCUGUUCGAUAAUACAGUACCAUUAACUACACCCUGGCUCCACUGUACUCUACACUCAUUGGAUCUCUGGAUUGUGGCUAAGAACAGACUUUAGCUUCAAUGAAUGAAGAAUGAGGACCAAGGCUAACCCUGAAGGUCAACAUGAUCCAGUCCAAUAGAUUUCUCAAUACAGACUAUCCCAGUUCAGUGUAUGACAGUACAGCUCACUUAACAAGCAUUGCAACACUAUCAUCUGGUCAACUCUGCGGUAAGACUUUAUUGGCGUAGUCCAUCUGUAGAUGCUCUACAGACUUAUCAGUAAGAUUUAAACUGUCUACUAGCCCUAACCCUUAUCCUAAUUCUAAAUUUAACCCUUACCCUAAACCUUAUUCUAUACCUAACUCUAACCGUAACCUUAGCAAGCAGUUGCUUAUCAACAGAUCGUUGUUGAUGGUAUGCCCAUCUGUAGUCCAUCUGUAGAUGCUCUAUCAGGACUAUCCAAAUAAAGUGUACCCAACGCUUCUUAUUCAGUAAAACCCACUUUAUCCCAGGAACAUUUAUAAUCUGUAGAUUAUACAUAUUAUUCCUAUAUUACCCAAAUAUCUCCAUUCUAUUUGUAAAUUGUACCCAUUACUUUUUUUAAAAGUGGUAUUACAACAACUACUGUGAACAUUCAUUGCUUUAUAUUAAGAUUUCUAUUGUUUUGUAAUCCAUAUGACUAUAUACUUGAUCAUAUUAAGCAGCUGGUUUUGUAUACUCUGUCAUUUCCCCUCUCGCCUUGUGUGGAUUGGUGCUUGGACACACUGAGACCCAUAUUGUCAAUUUUGUUUUAAUAAAUGAUACUAGUUAGUUUCUAAACACAGGUCUACAUGUGACUCGUCUGGCAUCAACUGUUCCAUUACAACGGAGUAUACUUCAUAUUAAACAUAGCUUUCAUUUUACCAUAUGAAUGGAGUUCUUGGUCUUAACAUAAUCCGGAGGGUGAAGUGUUUUACUGUCAUUAUAACCAAAAACAUGGUUGAAAAUUGCAACAAAGUUGUUUGCCCAAAAUGUAAACAAGUGUCACAUGAAGCUUUUAUCCUAAAAAGCAGUCCAAUGUGUCAGUCCAUACUGCACCAUGUUGUUUUAACUGGGCUAAAAGAGGUUGUUUUUCUCCAGCUCCUACACCAAACCACAAUAUCUACCCAUCUAUACUGUAUCCUGUAGCUGUACCCUGUACUGAUACAUACAUGCUGUCUUUUCCUAUUUGUUCCUAUUUUUUGCUCUUCUCUCUCAACGAGUAUCUUGUUAAAUGAAGUCACAACUCUCCAACAUUUGAAGAAAAGUCCUGACUUACUAUGGCUGCAUUUACACAGGCCGCCUAAGUCUUUUGACCAAUCCCAGAUUUUUUUUUACAUCAGAUCUUGUUCAGAUCUGAUUGGUCUAAAGACCAAUUAGUGAAAAAAAUAUCAGAAUAGGGCUGCCUGUGUAAACACAGCCUACAUGCUCAUUUGUCACGAAAUGGUUAUUGGCAGCAAAAAAAUGUUUUUGCCUGUAACUAUUAUUGUUAUUAUUAUUAUUAUUAACUUUAUGCUUAAUACAUAUUUCAUUUGUAGCAUUAGUGUAAUUUGCUAUUUCAAGGUCAUGUACAUAUUUACUUCAAGGACCAAUCUUCUUGGAAGUUAUAAUCUAUGCUGUGUGAUCAUCAUAGACCUUUAUAUUUUCAUAUUAAGCUUUUUUCUUUAACAUUAUCCUACUCUCACUCAUUGCAUUUGUGGAGAGUAUGUAGGAAUUAAGGGCUCGUUUCAAUCCGUGUCGCAGAAGUUCAGCGUUACAACUUGAUAGAAAUUUAAAGGCAAUGUUCCUGCGUUAGCGGAGACUGCAUUCACGUAAACACUGCAUGUCGGAAAUUACCUUUACAUUUCUAUAACGCAAUCUGUAACGCUUCAGCGAAUAGAGCCCCAAGUCUCCAAAUAAACAAGUAGACCGACAUCACAUUCCAGCACAAAUCCAUUACUGCAUCUAAAAUAGCACCCUAUUCUCUAUAUAGCGCCAUACCUUUGGGCUCCUGAGUGGCGCAGCGUUCUAAGGCACUGCGUUUUAAGGCACUGCAUCUCAGUGCU